AUGCAGUUCACCGAGGCCUGGAGCCACAGCUGGGGCACGACGUCCUGGGACUAUUACUACUAUUCGGGCUCUGGCUCCCUGGAUCCAAUAGAGCUUUGCCCGGCCUGGGACCUGCCCUAUGGCCACGCCAUCAUCCCUGCGCUCUACCUGGCGGCCUUCGCCGUGGGUCUGCCAGGCAACGCCUUCGUGGUGUGGCUGCUGAGCGGGCAGCGCGGCCCCCGGCGGCUGGUGGACACCUUCGUGUUGCAUCUUGCUACCGCCGACCUGGGCUUCGUGCUCACACUGCCACUGUGGGCCGCGGCGGAGGCCAGGGGCGGCCUCUGGCCCUUCGGCGACGGCCUGUGCAAACUCAGCAGCUUCACGCUGGCGGCCACACGCUGCGCUGGUGCGCUGCUGCUGGCUGGCAUGAGCAUGGACCGCUACCUGGCUGUGGGCCGGCCGCUUAGCGCUCGGCCACUGCGGAACCCGUGCUGUGUGCGAGCUGCGUGCUGCGGCGCCUGGACUGCGGCGUUCCUGGCCGCUCUGCCCGCCUUACUGUACCGCGGGCUGCAGCCCAGCCCCGACGGCGUGGGUAGCCAGUGCGCCGAAGAGCCGUCGGAUGCGCUCCAGGGCCUCGGCCUCCUGCUGCUGCUGCUGACCUUGGCGCUGCCGCUGGCUGUCACCCUGGCCUGCUACUGCCGCGUGUCGCACCGCCUGCCGCGCGUGGGGAGGGCCCGGAGCAAUUCGCUGCGCAUCAUCUUCGCCGUGGAGAGCGUCUUCGUGGGCUCCUGGCUGCCCUUCGGCGUCCUGCGCGCCAUCUUCCAUCUGGCGCGCCUCCGGGCGCUGCCGCUGCCCUGCGAGCUGCUGCUGGCGCUGCGCUGGGGUCUGGCUAUCGCCACCUGCCUGGCUUUUGUCAACAGCUGUGCGAACCCGGUCAUCUACCUCCUGCUGGACCGCUCGUUCCGCGCCCGGGCCAGGUUCGGGGUGUGCACGCGCGCCGGGCGCCAGGUGCGCAGGAUCAGCUCAGCGUCCUCGCUCUCCAGGGAUGACAGCUCGGUGUUCUGGGGUCGGUCCCCAAAGGUGAACUCUGCUUCUGCAUGGUAA